AUAAAGUCGGCUAUAAUGUCAGUGGUGGUCACAGUGACAGUGAACUCAGAGACCAACAUGAAACUCUUAGGAAUCGUAGCUCUUGCAGCAUUGCUGUUUAUCACAUCAAGUGAUGGCAAGCGGCAGAGGAAGAGGAGGAUAGAUGCAUCUGUCGCUGAGGAAGUCGCAGAAUUAAAAGCAAAAGUUGAGAAUUUAACCGCUCAAGUUCAUGAGCUGCAAGAACAAAGCCGUGGCGUCCAUAUCCACAUAGGAGGUGACCACCAUGAUCACCAUGGCGACCACGACACUGAUCACCAUACGGAUACUCAUGACGGCCAUGGCAGUCACGGUUCCCAUGACGACGAUAGUGACACCACAAAUACCGACGGUGGGCGCGACUCCACAAAUGUCGCUGACGAUACCGAUUCCACCAGCAGCAAUGGCGGUAACACGCGUGACAAUGAUGACCAUGAUGACCAUCACCAUGACAACGGACACCAUCACAAUGAACACCAUCAUAGUCAUCAUCCUCACCAUGACCACAGUGGGCAUAGCGACAAUCAUUACCAGCACGCUCAUGACGUCUACGUCAACAUGAAGCUUGAUGGGGGAUGUAGUCAUGACGACAAGCAUCCAAAGGCCUACCAUGAGGAACACGAAAUCAAUGCCCACUGCGAGAUGAUGCCUAACAAGGAGAUUGCUGACCUUACCUAUAAGAUCAGAGGUCACGUCAAGUUGACUCAGAAGCCUGGCGAGGAUGAAGUCAGUAUCCGUUACGACCUGAGAAAUCUGAAGCCAAGCCAAAGACACGCCAUACAUAUCCACGAGAGUGGGAACAUGGAGCGGUGUUGUGACUCCCUCGGGGGCCACUAUAACCCCUACAAUAAACAACAUGGACUUCCUAACACCCAUGAAAGCCACGUAGGUGAUGUGGGUAAUAUAGCUGUUGACGACCAGGGCCACUACACCGGUGAACAGAUAAUCACCGCUGAUUUAAAUCAACUUGUCGGCCGGGCUUUUGUAAUUCAUGAAGCCUCUGACACAGGCGAGGGUAGCGAGGAAGAAAGGCUAGCGUGCUGUGUGAUAGGGCGAGGACUGGAGGAUCACAACCACGACCAUCACGGACACGAUGACCACCAUGACCACCAUGACCAUCACGGACACCACGACCAUGACCACCAUGACCAUGACCACCACGACCAUGACCACCACGACCAUGACGGACAACAUGACCACAGUGACGGGGAUGAACACCACGAAAACCAGGACAACCCUGACCAGCAGGGAUAAGAUAGUGCCAAUCAUCCCACACCUAUGUCUGAUGUCAAGUAGAGACUGAGUUAAAAAGGGAAAAAUAUAUCUUUCAAUGUUCAUAUGCCAGGAGCAUAUAAUAUGUUAUAUAUGUGCGUGGCAUGUACACAGUUUUAGCAUGUUAGCAUCUAGCGUUAAGAUGAUUUUUUUUUUUACAAUUUUAUAUUAAGUUAUUGUUUUAAAUAACAAAUUCCUUGUUGAAAUGUAAGGAUUUUUAAUUUUCCGUGCCAAUUUUCAUUAUUAAAGUUUCCUUAUUUUCUAAAA